ACGGAAAGGACGUUUACACUCGAACCGUUUGCGGCUAAAAUCAAGUGACAGAAAUUAUUCAUGUAUUGUACAUUUCGUUGAGUGAAACUAAAAAAAACAGCAUAACGUUGUAUGAUAUAGUUUUUCGUUUAAAACUGGGUGUUAUUUAACGUGUUUUGGUGGCUUAGUUCAGCAUUGCCAGAGCCUCCAGAGUCGAAGUUAGCUAGGAAGCUAACGUUAGCUGUUAGCUUACGAGUCGAAAUGUUCAAAGCUAAAAUUGUCCUUGUUGGUCCCAGUGAGAGCGGGAAAACUGUUCUUGCAAAUUUUCUGUCCGACCCGAAACCAAAUGUGGAGGUGGGAAGUGAAUACAGACCUACUCAAGGAGUAAGGAUACUGGAAUUUGAUUCACAAUCAGGAGGCAGUGGUGACAAUGUGAAUGUGAAAUGUCAAGUUGAACUUUGGGACUGUUCGGGACAUAUAAAAUUUGAAUCGUGCUGGCCCGCCAUGAUGAAGGACUCCAGCGGUGUGGUGAUCCUUUUUAAUCCUGAUGUUCCGAGUCACUUCAAAGAAAUAGAAUUAUGGUAUUCUGCGUUUGUGGACGCUCCAGGCCUGCAGGACAACCAGUGUUUACUCAUCGCUCACCACAAGCCUGGCUGCAAAGUAGAUGAUGGACGGCUGCCAUUAGCCUCCAGUAUGGCCAGACUUACGCUUAUUCACUCAAAUCUGGAGGACGAACCUGAGGAUGUGAUGCACGCUUUCUGCAGAUACUUGGGAAAAGUUGUGAACACAAUGUCGGAAAGUCGAGAGCGAGAGGAGAUGUCCAUCAUCACUUAGUAGGAAAAAAAUCUAUAAAUUAUGCAGCUGAAUGAAGAAAUAUGUUGUUGGCAUUGGCAAUCUUUAAGUGGCAUUCAUUCAGCUGUACAUGAAACUUACAAAACCCCUUGCAAACUUUUUAUCAAAAAUAUUUUUUCCCACUGUUAUUUGUUGUCAUAUAUUUUGUACAACUGUUGCAAAUAAAAUAAAGAAUGUUUAUUUGAAAGUUUGGUACAGAUUUCGUUUAGAAUGUGACGAUUAGUGCAAAAAGAGGGUUAAGAGCAAAACAAACAAUCAGACAUCGUAUCCAAUGAUGCCUCCUUGUGUCUUUUUUGGUAAUUUUGUUGCCUUUUUUGGUAAUUUUGUGUCUUUUUAUUAUUAUUUUAUGCCUUUUUUGGUCAUUUUGUGUCUUUUUUAAGUCAUUUUGUGUCUUUUUUGGUCAUUUUGUGUCCUUUUUUGAUCAUUUUGUGCCUUUUUUUAAAUCAUUUUGUGGACAAUUUGUGCCUUUUUUAAAUAAUUUUGUGGGCAAUUUGUGCCUUUUUUUGGUCAUUUUUUUUGUUAAUUUUGUGUCUUUUUUUGGUCAUUUUGAAUCUAUUUUUGAUCACUUUGUCUCUUUUUUUAGUCAUUUUGUGUGUUUUUUGGUUAUUUUGUGUAUUUUUUGGUCAAUUUGUGUCUUUUUUUGGAGAUGUCCAUCAUUACUUAGUAGGAAAAUCUAUAAAUUAUGCAGC